AUGAAAGAGUCGUUGCCAAAUGAGGAUACUGUGAAGAUGAUGGAGCGAAUCGUGGAUGACUUCCCAUCAGAGCUGGAAGAUUACUUUGGAAGGAUGCUGGAUAUCAUCGUGCCGCGAUACCACGAGGCAUCGUCGAGAAUAUUGUUAGGUGUUAUGGAGAGCAACGCCCUCAUUCCGCUAACCUUGGUAGCCCACAUUUUGCCCGAGGAAGAAGAUGGUCCCGUGAGCGUGGACCACCUUCAUUCCUUGAGAAAGCUACGAGCUCGGCUCAAGGCCUACUGCGGAGAUCUCAUGACGGUUGUCGAAGAUCUCGGGUAUAGAACGAACUUUACGGACUGCCACGAGCGCAUAGACUUUCUGCAUCGCACAGUUAACGACUACCUGCACAGCCCACCCGUCAAGUGCAAGCUGCAGAGCCGGGUUCCACAGUGCUUCAAGCCAUCUGAGUCAAUUGUGCAAACUGCAAGCCGUUAUUUCAAGUUCGCGAAUCAGUCCAUCAACAUCGCAUUGCCGCAUCCCGUGGUAGAAAUAAUCAUAUCCGAGGCUGCCAAGCUGGAAGACGUUGAAUAUGAAUACGAUGUAUCCAUUGUUGACGAGGUGAGAGAGUACGUCGUGAAGUCGAACACUGGUCCUUCAAAUCGCGAAUUUGUCAAGCUGGCGCUUCAGCGAGGAUUUUACUCGUACAUCCGAGAGAAGUUCAAGGACAUGUCGGUGUUUAGGUGCGGUCUCGAUGCAACAUGGGCGUUGAGGUAUGUCUUGUUUGAGGUUGAUUUCCACGGCCAGCAGCAGGCCAUGGUAGCGUACAAGAUAAAACCGAGGAUGGUGCGGGCGCUGCUGGACCGGGGGGCCAACCCGAAUGCCAUGGCCGUAGACGGUACGACGUCAGACAUCUCUGCCCUCCAGUUUCUGUCCAAACCACAGGCCAGUAUCUGGGUCAACUACGUUAGUCGCAUGGUCCCCGACAAGACGAUAUCGGCGCUGCUCAAGCCCUCAAUCGACAGCCAAGUGUUUGAGGCCGAUAUGUGCGGCAUCUUCGUCGAACACGGCGCAGAUUACUCUGCAACUCUCACAGGGCGGCAAAAUGUGCGUGGUGCCCUUCAAAUGUAUUUUGGUGAUAUGCCACGCGAGGCGGAACGGCUGGAGUUGCUGGCGCGGCGAUGGAGACGCAGAGGUAUGAUUAGCUGGGCAGUCGAGCCCAGCGCGAGCGGCCAGGAGCUGCUUCGGCCUGAUGGCGGUAGGCCGCAUUCACACAGCCCAAAACCGGGCAGGUUAUCACCUAAUAUGGAUAGGGGGGGGAGGAGGAGGGACAAGAUGCGGGACAAAUUUAAGUCCUGGUUAUUAUAG